UAGCGUGUUUUUGUAGGAAGUGCUCCUGUCACGGCUUUACUGUGGCAUCCGGUCGAGGAGUAGAGGACCGAGCUCGGACCAGAAUCAGCUCCGGGCUGCGGGCACACACACUCAGGCAGGAGGCCCGGCUCAGCUGCAGGAGGACGGUGCGCACCCGAGAGAAACCCGGAGGCAGUCCUCAGUCCCAGCCUACGUAGUGUAUCACCGCUCCAGGACGGGCCAUGAAUAAACAACCAAGCAAGGAGAGUCUGAAGGACAAGGUGAAGGGGAUCUUUGGUCUAGGGACAACGCGCCCACCGAGCAAACAGAGUGAUAGCAAACCAUCGGAAUUUAUUAUUACCACAGACAUCAUCAAGGAGCUCCAUCCCGACUGCGGCCUGAGCAAUCGCAUUCGCAUGAUGAACCACGUCUGCGAACUGGCAAAAACUAAGAAAUUUGAGGAGCAUGCAGUCGAGGCAGUAUGGAAAGCUGUGGAGGACAUGCUCACCCCAGAGCAGCCGCCUGAGGCCAGACAUGCUGUCUUGCAGCUGCUGAGGGCCAUUAUACAGGGACAGGGCGAGCGACUUGGCCCUCUGAGAGCCUACUUUUUCAAGGUGAUCAGAGAUUACCAACCCUGCAACGAAGACCUCUCUGACCGGCUGGAAGUUUUCAAGGCCUUAACAGAAAAUGGAAAAGACAUCACAUACCUGGAGGAGGAUAUAGCUCGGUUUGUCCUCCUGUGGAUGGAAAUUGGCCUCACCUCCGACUUUCUGCACGUUCUUGUAAAUCUGGUGAAGUUCAACAGCUGCUAUCUUGACCAGAAUGUCUCCACCAUGGUCCAGGAAAUCUGUUUCCAUUGCAACAGAACAACAUCGUCAACAGAUAUUGAGGUAGCUCUACAAGUCCUGGAUGCGGUGGUGUGUUACAAUUGCCUGCCUUCAGACUCUCUCACCUUCUUCAUCAUCACACUCUGUCGUACAGUCAAUGUCAAGGAGUUUUGUGAAUCCUGCUGGAAGCUGAUGAGGAAGGUGUUGGGUACUCACCUCGGCCAUAGUGCUAUUUAUACCAUGUGUCGCAUCAUGGAGGAGAGGGUAUACAUGGAGGAUGCACCACUGUUGAGAGGAGCUGUGUUUUUCGUUGGAAUGGCACUGUGGGGCGCACACAGGCUCCCUGCUCUGAAAAACACACCCACAUUGGUUCUGCCAUCUUUCUACAAGGCCAUGUCGUGUGCCAAUGAGGUGGUGUCCUAUGAAAUCGUCCUUUCCAUCACCCGACUGAUCAAGAAGUAUGGAAAGGAGCUGCAGGUGGUCACCUGGGACAUCCUGCUGGGCAUCAUAGAGCGACUGCUGCAGCAGAUCCAGACAAUAGGCAGUGCAGAGUUGAAGUCCAUCGUCUAUGAGCUGUUGACAACAGUAGAGGAGCUGUACGAGCAGAACGGUUACCAUGGCUCCACAGAGAAGUUCUUCAGUCUGGUGGAGAAAUGUGCUGACAAAAGACCUGAUGCAUCAGUGCUGACACUUAUCUCAUACAGGGCCCAGUCUAUUCAGCCAGCCAAGGACGGCUGGAUUCAGAGCCUUCACCGCCUCAUGGAGAAGUUCUUCAGGAACGAGACUCGCAGUGUGAUAAGGAUCAAAGUGCUUCACAUCCUGUCCUUUGUUCUCAGUACCAACCGACAGCUGUACGAGGAUGAGCUGAUAGAAAUGGUGGUGAUCCCCCAGCUCAGUGGGAUAGCUGAAGACCGGGACCUGGCCGUCAGAAAGCAGGCCACCCAGCUGCUGGUGGACCUGGCUGAGGGCUGCAAUACGCACCACUUCACCAGUCUGUUGGACAUCAUUGAACGGGUUGCUAGUCGCUCUCUGAUUUGUUCAGGGUCCCUGGAGGUUUCUGAAAGAGACCCCACAGCAGAGUCUCCUAUGGAGGACAUCAGGACUGCUAUACUGGGCUUGCUGGAAAUCCUGCAGAGCAAGCUUUACAGUCUACCAGCCAACCAUGCCAGUCGUGUUUAUGAGCUGCUUAUCAGCCACCUGCAGCUACACUAUAAAAACAAAUACUGUUCAGCUAUUGCUUCCAGCAUUAGACUACAGGUGUUUGACUUUUUCCUGAUGAUGCGAGCAGACUCUCUUCAUCGUCUCGGAGUUCCCAACAAAGACGGGGCCAUGAGGUUCAGCCCUUACUGCUACUGUGACAUAGGGGAGCCAGAGAAGCGAGUCAGUGAAAAGAAGCCAACAGGUUCAACAUCUCCUCCUGUUGGUAGCCCAGCUCCCCCAGCCGCUCCCCCCCCUUCAACAGCCUCCAUACGCUCAGCCCACCUGCCCUAUGCACCUGCCUUCAGUGUCCUCCUGCAGUGCCUCAAGAUGGAGACAGAUUGGAAGGUGCUGAAGCUUGUUCUUGAUAAGCUGCCGUGGACGCUGCAGUACAAAGUGCUGCUGCUGACAUCACCGUGCAGCUUGGACCAGCUCUGUUCUACACUCUGCUGCAUGGUGACGGAUCGUCUGAUCUCAGAGCGCUUGAAGAAAACCCCAGAGGGGUUUUCCCGCACGGAUGUUCAGCUAGCGGUGGUUCCUGUCCUCACAGCGAUCACCUCCUAUCACAACCACCUGGAGCAGUCGAGACAGAGGUUGUCCUAG